AUGGUGUUUGCUAUUUUGAAAGAAACGUUCAAGCAAUUAAAUUUCCAAGAAACAAUACGGAAUUUGAAGAAAGAUUGGCCAACAAAAACACCAAAGGAAAAGUGGAAAGUUUUGUGUGAUAUUCCAAGAAUUUUAUUGGGAUUUUUUGGUAUUAGAAUACUUGAGGAAGAUUGUCAAGUAUACUGGCUUUCGUACUUUGGCUCUUUUUUGGCGCUCAAUUAUUUUAGCCUUGCCGGAUACACGCUGAUUUAUUUUGCAAGGGCCGGUAAAUUUUGGAUUGGCACGCGUUGUGUUUGUGGAAUUGGUAUCGUAGCAUCGAGUGUGACGCUAUACAUAAAGUGUUUGACAUCCGAUCGAUUUCGUUUGCGAGUUCUAUUCCGGUUUUCGGGCGAUUACAUUUAUUCAGAUGUUAAGGAUUCUUCACCAUUUAACGAGCUUUGUGAACGAAGUAUUAAAAAGAUGCAAACCUCGUAUAUCAUUUUGGUGAUAGUCAUUUUCAUUUCAAUUGGAUCUGUGUGUGUGGGUCCAAUUCAGGCCUUUUUGGUGAAAGGAGUGAUGAUAACUCCAUUUGGAACAAAAUUGCCAUUUUUUGAAGAGGAUUCAAAUCUAGCUUUUUACGUCGAUAUUAGCUAUCAGUCUGUUUUAAUGCCAUUUGGAAUUGUAUCAACAAUUUGCAUCGAACUUUGCCAAUGUAUGACGUAUAAUACGGUUGAAUUGUGUGCCUCUUGUAUAGAAUUAAAUGGAGAGAAAUUGUCAGAAAUGCUCCAAGUUGAUCGUCAGAGUAUCAGAUCUGGCGCGCUAUUUCGCAAUAUUUUAUUGCAAAUUCGUGACUUUGAUGAAUACCUUUUGGAGUUCAGUGAUGUUUUCUAUUGGAAAACUUUUUUGGGGCCACCGCUAUUAACCUUUGGUGCGACAUACGGCAUUUUCGCACAGUGGAUUUUAGAAUUCCCUGCAGGCUAUGGCAAUGCUGUCGUAUCCUAUAUUGCACUUCUGGUCAUCUGCUACAUGGGAGAAAACAUUAAAACUGCAAAUGAAAAGAUUUGCGAUUCACUAUGCAACUUAGCCUGGUAUCAUUUACCGAAAUCACAACAAAAGGAUAUAGCACACAUGUUGAAUCGUAUGCAAAAUGGAGUUAACUUAACUCAGGGUCCAUUCAAGUGUUUGGAUUAUGAUAUGGCCUCAACGAUUCAAUAA